GGGGAACGAUCACGUCCCUCGAUCUGCUCGCUAUGCCCCUACUUAUACAUCCCAAAAUGCCAUUGGCCUUCUUGGCAACAAGGGCACACUGCUGACUCAUAUCCAGCUUCUUGUCCACUGUCACCCCUAGGUCCUUUUCCGCAGAUCUGCUGCCUAGCCAUUCGGCCCCUAGUCUGUAGCGGUGCAUUGGAUUCUUCCGUCCUAAGUGCAGGACCCUGCACUUAUCCUUAUUGAACCUCAUCAGAUUUCUUUUGGCCCAGAAUGAUCAAUGGCCCAGGAUAAUACCCAGGUACAAAAUAUACAGGAACGGAAGAGUAGGUCAAACUGGUGAGGGAGUGGUGCUAUAUCUGACAGAAGGCAUAGUCGAAGUAAAAAUCUUAAAUCAACCUGUACCAUAGAAUCUCUAUGGAUAUGUAACCCUUCUGCCCGUCAGAGUUGGCAGCAACAAGGGCCAGGUUCAGUAUUUAGGGGUUCCAUUCCAAUAAUACAAUGGAAAACCAGCUUGAGCCCCCACCCAGUGACCUGGGACAAAUAUAUAGCACCCCCGCUGGGCACCUCCAAGAGGCAAUACUUCCCCUCUCACAAGCACAGAGUCUGAGUGUAGCAAAGCCUUUUAAUAACAGAGAGAAACAAUGUGGCAUUAUGUUGGGGAAACACCACCAACAGGAUUCCUAACGCAAUCCAUGAGCAAAAAAACCCACCCCAAGCAAAUUGGGCCUUGUCCUUUCCCUUUGGUUCUUGAGUCCAGCAACCCAAAAGUCCGCCAAAGUCCCAAAAGUCCAACACCCCAAAAGUCUCUGUCCCUGGUCAGUGCAGCCCCAGAGUUUGAAAGUUUAUCUGCAGAGUUUUACCCCCAACCUGGGUGGAGAUGGGGGCGGGUUAAGGGGCACCUUAUGUGGUCCAAAGCCAAUUGCCCCACCUCUCCAUGGGGCUCCGCUCUGCUCCACCAGCUGUCCCACGAAUCGCUCUGCUCUGCCAGCCACCCCCAUGAGCUGCUCCAGGCAUCCCACAAACUGCUCCGCUCCACCAGCCGCUCUGCUCUGCCAGCCGUCCCACGAACCAUUCCAGCCGUCCCACGAGCCGCUCUGCUCUGCCAGCUGUCCCGCAAACUGCUCUGCAAUAUAUCUUCAGGCUCUCCCACUACUUAACACAACACUCAGUGAUUUCAGCUCUUAGUAAGUUUAGCUCUUUUGUGAUUUCAGCUUGUAGUAGGGUGCACCAUCGGCCCAAAGUGAAUUCAGCUCAGUAACCUGUAACUAGAUUCCUCAUGGAAUCAAAAUUAGCUCAGAUAUUCCACAGUGGAGAGAGGAGAAAGUGCAAUUAGCAUGUAAGGCCCUUACCUGAAGACCCAUACUACCAGGUAUUAAUAUCUAUCCCCAGCCUCUCUCUAUUCACUGGGUUUUGGAACCCAUGACCCUUGCCUAGCGAGUGCUGCUUAGUUGAUGGUGAGUCCCUCCAUCCUAAGAAAAGGCCAAGUACAGUUCCACUGUCCUUGAUUCAUAUAAUCAGGAUAAUAGUUUAUUCCUGCCCCAAUAACAGAGAAACUGGGGCUCCUACAGCAGCCAAAGUGACCAUCUAGGCAGGGGGGGUGCCUAUGCAAAUGAGAUCAGCCCCUGAAGUUCUUUUCCACAACCCACCAUGACUCGCCACCAGAUGUCAGGGCAGAGCUCAUCCUGACUCUGCUUACAGAUAGAAAUUCCAUGCUUGAACAAUAAAAGUAUAGCAGUAGGAAUAUCCUACCAGCCACCUAGUGAUCGUGAUUGUGAAAUGCUCAGGUAGAUUAGAGGCUACAAAAGCAGAAAACUCAAUACUGCUACUAAUAAUGGGGGGAUUUCAACUAUCCUCAGAUUGACUGGGUAUAUCACCUCAGGACAGGAUCCAGAGAGAAAAUUUCAAGACUCCAUAAAUGACUGCUUCUUGGAGCAGCUAGUUCUGGAACCCACAAGGGGAGAGGCAAUUCUUAAUUUAGUCCUAAGUGGAUCACAGGAUUUGGUCCCAAAGCCAAAAUCAGCAGAGCAGCUCCUGGAGAUGCUGGCAAGUGGAAACAGAAACCGCACACAGCACCCCACAGAUGCCAAUGCUACUUCCUCACGCUCCCAUGCCGUCUUCCAGAUCUUUGUGAAGCAGCAGGACCGUGUCGUUGGCAUCACUCAGGACCUGCAGGUGGCCAAGAUGAGCCUGAUUGACCUGGCAGGCUCGGAGCGAGCAUCAACCACCAACACAAAGGGAGAGCGGCUCCGAGAGGGUGCCAACAUCAACCGUUCAUUGCUGGCCCUGAUUAAUGUCAUCAACGCCCUGGCUGAUGCAAAGAGCAGGAAGUCCCACAUCCCAUACAGGGACAGUAAGCUCACACGCCUGCUGAAGGACUCUCUUGGGGGCAACUGCCGGACCAUCAUGAUUGCUGCCAUCAGCCCAUCUGCACUCGCCUAUGAGGACACCUACAACACGCUCAAGUAUGCCAAUCGGGCCAAGGAGAUCAAACUGUCGCUGAAGAGUAACAUGCUCAGCCUGGACUGCCACAUCACUAAAUACGCAGCUAUCUGUGAGCAGCUGAAAGCAGAGGUGGCAAAUCUGCGAGAGAAGCUCCAAACUUACGAGAGAAACACCCAGGAUCCAGACCACCAGGUUCCAGCUCCUCAGACACAGUCUAGCCCUUGGCAGGUGGAGCUGCUCAGGUCAGCACAGGCUGCACAGGAGGGGUCUCCAGAUCAUGAAGUCCCUGAGAAGGGUAACCAGGAAAUGGUGAUACAGCAGCAGGAGCUGAAAGGGAGACAAUCCUUUCAGCAACAGGACCUGGGAGCAGUGGAACGGACGCCAGAGAAGGAACUUCAUGACUAUGCCACAGAUCUUCAGCAGAAAACCAAUAAACCAAGCUCUCUGCUCCAGGGAUUGCCCCGGGAUCAGACCCAGAGGCUGGUACUUGCUGUCCUGCAUGUUGCACAAAGGCAGUACUCUCUGUUGAAGGCUGCCAACCUCCUAACCCCUGACAUGGUCUCAGAGUUUGAGGAACUGGAAUACCUGGUGCAAAGAGAAACCGGUAGGAGUCGAGAGCCAGCUGGGACUCUGGGCGGAUCCGAGGUGACCCCAGCCCAAGAGGAGCAGCAGCACUCGGAUAAUGUGGUGCCAUUCGCUGCCGGGCUGCAGGGUGCACCUGCCACAGAAUGUGCUGCCCCAAUGACAAGGUCUGUGACACGGUCCUUGCAGGAGCUUGCGUUGGUCCCUAGUCCCUCAUCCAAGACUCCCAGCCUGCCAGCGAAGAAGAGGAGGAGAUCAGAAAUGAGCAGCCCAUCCAAAACAGGAACUUCUGCCACGCCAAAACGGCAGGCAAAGCGCCAGCGGAAAUCCUCCCUUCCUAGCCGGCGAAGGGGCUCCGCAAAUGAAUCAACUGCUCCUGCAGUGACAAUCAGUCACAGCACCCCCAUUGUUAAGGGAGCUAAACCUUCUCAACUAGUGCCUUAUUGCAUCCCAAAACCCUGCCCAUCAACAGUCACCAAAAGCCGGGUCCCCCUGACAACAUCUGCUGCCCAAAACUGCUGCACUCCAGCUACGCUGACCAUCCGAGACCUGAAUAUAACUUUUGACCUUGCUGAGGACAGCUGUUCAUCUGGUGUGGACGAUCCUGUGAAAUUCAGUGCCCCGGAAUUCCCUGGCUGGGAGAACGUCCAGUGCAUCUUAAAAAAGUCUGAAGUUUCCUUCAUGCCCAGAGCCGCCGUGCCCAUGUUCACCAUGAAGGGCUCCCCCACCCCGCCUGGCAGCAUCCCGAAGCUAUCCUCAGUCUCUAAAGCAAUGGGACAGAAGAGAAAGCAUUCUGUGAGCACUGCCUCCCGCUCGUUGGGUGGGCUGCGGAGCCAGAGCCGAAUUGCCAGGCUCCAGAGCAGCACUGUGAAGUCCUUGCAGACCCCAAGUAUCCCAGAGCCUCCUUCCUGCCCUCUGGGCAAGAGCAGCAGAGAAGAUCUCCAAGCCGUUGGUGGAAAAAUGCUGGCUGCACCCGGAUCCCGGGCCAUGAAGCUUUUCUGCUGAAGUGUCCUUGGAGGGACAUCAAUGCAGGGGCCGUUUUAGCUUAGCGCUGCCUGCCAGACAAGGCCUGGGACAAGGCCGGCAUCUAGUGGAUCUAGCCCUGGAGCAUGGACCUCUUCCCCCUCUCCUCAUGUACAGACUGGGCUCAAACCUCCCUUCUGUGGCAGGGUUCCCUGAGGGGGGAGCUCUCCCCUUGUCCUGAGCUGCCACUCCCUGGCGUUUGGGCAGCACUCCCAUGAGUGCCAGUCUCCUCAGGGCUUUCCUGAUCCUGCUGCCUCUCUUGGCAGUGAAGCAAUGAAAGGAAGAAGGCAGCGCUGCUCCUACUGUCUCCUCACCCUUUCUCCUCUGCAGGGUGGCAGCAUCCUGCUCCUCAUCUCCGCAUUCUGAGAAGGAGAGAAGACUGGAAUGGGGCGUUCUGCCAGCAGUUCUCUUCCCCAGUCCAGAUCCUACUAGUGUCCAAAAGCUCCUCGUUGGUGUCUGGCCCUAGGGCCCUGCAGCACCCCGGCAUACCCAGCUCCUGAGCUGAGCAGCUGUGGCAGAGCACUGCAGGGCUGGGGGCAGACUGCUGCACCUCCACACACCCCAAAGCAAAACUUCCUUGAACCCUCCUGCUCUGUGCUCUCACAUGGCCCCGCUGCUCUUCUUGCCUGCCCUGGCCAGAAAGUCCUCUCCUCGAGGGCCAGAGUCUGAUCUCAGUUACACCAGUGACUUCACUGGAGUUGCUCGGCAUUCACAUUGCGCCUGGCUUGGUUUUACUAAUGGAAACGGCCUGGGUUCUUAGCUGGGCUGUGAGGAGUCUCCUGAGCAGUGCAAAUGGGCUGUGCAACUCUCCUCCAG